AACUCUCCCGCUGUGACGUCAGGCAUGGAUCGCUUUAGGUCUAGCGCUGCUGGAUCAGGACUAAAGAAAAGCCCGGUCCAAACCUGCAGAGAUCCAUGAGGAAGACCAGGACCCGGAACAACCUGCGCACGGACAGACAGACAGAUAGAGAGCAGCAGGGGGGUGUAGUAGAGCUAUAUUAAUAGUCCGCGCCCGGUUUUAGCCUUUCUUACUCACACAAUCCAGACAACAUGGAAACCCCAGCAGCGCCCGCGGGCUCUUCUUAUAGCCCCGGCUCCUCCACACCAGCAGCAGCUCACAGCGCCAGAAAACACCACGAGUCCACCGCUUUAAACUAAAGACCCCCGGAGACCAGAGCAGCAGACCACCGGCUACACACACACCACUGUAAAGGAGAUGCUCAGAGAUCCUCUCAGCGGAGAGAGACAGUGAUAGAGCAGCAGAAACACGGAGUUUAAAUUUAAACUAAACCUACAGUCAGUCUCAGGCUUGUUUAUCAGGUUUUGUCGCUACUUUUUUACGCUUUUAAAACGUUUUUAACCGGUCUUUUAUCGUUUUUACAUAUUUUACAUACAGAACAGCUUGUUUUAAUGUGAACAACAUGUGGGAAAAGCACUAGUUUAGUUGUUUCAUACGAGUAUUAGUCAUAUUAGUAACUAGCUGCAUUAACCGCUCUGCUGGUGAAGAUUAGCACUAAACCCACAUUCAGUCUCAGGUUCUUUUUUCAGUUUUUAUAGUUAGCUACUCUUGUUUUUAUAAGCUUUUUAAACGUUUUAACGGGUCUUAAAUCGUGUUUACAGAUUUUACAGCUUGUUUUUAUGGUGAAAAACAUGACGAAAAAGCACUAGUUUAGCUGUUUUAUACGAGUAUUAGCUAACUAGCUAAAAAAAACUAACUAUUAAUCAAAGUAGCUGAAUAAACCGGACUGUUGGUGAAGAUGGGCUCCUCCUCGUUGGCCCCGGGCAUCAGAUUGAUCACCUCUUUGUCCAGAGAUAGCUGGUACAGAGGCUUCAUUCUCAUCCUAACGUUUUUCUUCUACACUGCCUAUCAUCUAUCCCGCAAGCCUAUCAGCAUUGUCAAGAGCCAGCUACACAGAAACUGUUCAUUUGUUAUAAGACCAACUGACCUCAAUAUCACGGACAAUGACACCUGGUGUGACUGGGCUCCAUUCGACCAAGACAAUUACCAGAACUUGUUCGGAUACAUUGACAACUGCUUCCUUGUGGCAUAUGCCAUUGGCAUGUUCUUCAGUGGCAUGUUUGGUGAGCGGCUGCCUCUGCGAUAUUACUUGACCUCAGGGAUGCUCUUGAGUGGCCUUUUCACAUCACUCUUUGGCCUUGGUUUUUACUGGAACAUCCACUCGUUGUGGUACUACUGUUUAAUGCAGGCGUUGAAUGGUCUGGUACAGACGACAGGAUGGCCAGCAGUAGUGGCCUGUGUUGGGAACUGGUUCGGAAAGGGGAAGCGAGGGUUCAUCAUGGGGGUGUGGAAUUCUCAUACAUCUGUUGGGAAUAUUCUGGGCUCGCUAAUUGCUGGAGCCUUCGUGUCAUCCGCAUGGGGCAUGUCCUUCAUUGUGCCUGGCAUCAUCAUCGCCGUCAUGGGCAUUAUCUGCUUCUUUUUCCUGGUGGAAAAGCCUGAAGAUGUAAAUUGCAGUCUACCUCAGCAUCACGAGGAUGAAGAGCGGGAGCCACUGCUGAGGAACUCUUCUAACAAUGAGGAGAUCUUUAACAAUCACACGUCUGCAGUGGUGGAAGCUGUGGAGGAGCAGGCUGAGGCUAUAAGUUUCUGUGGAGCUCUCAGGAUACCGGGUGUGGUGGAGUUCUCCCUUUGUCUGCUGUUCGCUAAGCUGGUUAGCUACACCUUCCUCUACUGGUUGCCUCUUUACAUCGCUAAUGUUGCAAACUUUGAUGCAAAAUCAGCUGGAGACAUGUCCACGCUUUUCGAUGUUGGUGGAAUUCUAGGUGGCAUCUUAGCUGGAGUUGUAUCAGACUACACUGGAGGGAGAGCUACAACCUGCUGCGUCAUGCUAAUCGUUGCUGCUCCUAUGCUGUUCCUGUACAACGCUAUCGGGCAGAACGGCGUCUCCACCACUGUCGUCAUGCUGCUGGUCUGCGGUGCUUUGGUUAAUGGACCCUACGCCCUCAUCACUACGGCCGUGUCAGCAGACCUGGGGACUCACGAGUGUCUGAGAGGCAACGCCAAAGCACUGUCCACUGUAACGGCCAUUAUUGACGGAACUGGAUCAAUAGGUGCUGCAAUUGGGCCUCUUCUGGCUGGAUUAAUUUCUCCCACUGGCUGGAACAACGUCUUCUACAUGCUUAUCUCCGCUGAUGUACUGGCCUGUCUGCUGCUGUGCAGGCUGGUCUUUAAGGAAGUCCGUGGUUGGUGUGGUUACACUACAAGACAAAGAGGGUUCAAAGAGAUCUGAGACGUCAGACAACUGAAUAUCACACCUGCAGCGGAAAAUCACCGGCAACAAAACCUGCAGAAAAAGGGGACCACAGCCUGAACCAUCAGACAAAGCUGCUGUUUUUAAUGCCCGCAGGCUCGGCCAUUUUAUAUGAAUAUGGUAACCGGACACUUUCAUCUCUUCACACUCCAGCAGCGGAAACAAAGCCUCUGACGGUGGGAUGAAAUGCGAUGAUGAAGGGAUGGAUGGAUCUCUGUAAUCUGGUGUAAAGAGGGAGUGAAAGAAGAAAAAAGACAGAAUUACAGCUCCUCUGUUUGAACCUUGAAUAUUUUAUUGGAUAUUUUUAUCGCUUUUAUCAAUGACUAAUAAUGAUUAUAUUAUAUUAUUAUGAUUUUUUAAAAUCAUUAAAAUAUGCCAGCAGUGCA